AUGGCGCAGGGUGUCCGUGUCACGCUGGAUAUGAACGUCCUGGAGCUGUUUCUCUGCCUCAGCGAUGCUACUCUGCCUAACUGUGACUUCGACGACGAGCUCACCGACCUUCUCUACUUUGCCGUCGAUAUACUGCAGUUCAACGGUAAGUGGAACGCUUACGACGCAAUUGACUUUGACUCGAUGGUGGUCGAAACCAUGGACGCCCUCACCGCCUACCACUCGGCCGCCAACGCAGCCGAUAAACCCCUCCCCAGUCUCCCAGUCUCGCGCGUCCCCUCGCUGGCCUAUCUCCGCCGCCUGCUCCUUGACCGGCACCAGCCCGAACAACAACAAUAA